CGGAAAUCUGUUGAGAGGAAGUCGCCGCUCAACCAAACCCAACUGUCGGUUUUACAGUUUCUCUCUGAACCCCGGGUCCGUUCACGGCGGUAACGCGCUCACACAGACGCCGUGUUUCGACUGAAAUCCUCCCAGCAGCUCAGACAUGGAGCAGGAAAACAUUUUCCUCUUCGUCCCCAAUUUGAUCGGUUACGCCCGUGUGGUGUUGGCCCUGUUGUCUUUCUACCUGAUGCCCUGCUGCCCGUGGCCGGCGGUCUUCUGCUACCUGCUCAGCGCUCUGCUCGACGCCUUCGACGGCCACGCUGCUCGGGCCCUCAAUCAGUCCACCAAGUUCGGAGCCAUGCUGGACAUGUUGACCGACCGCUGCGCCACCAUGUGUCUGCUCGUCAACCUGUCCCUGCUCUACCCCUCCUACACCUUCCUGUUCCAGCUCAGCAUGUGUCUGGACAUCGCCAGCCACUGGCUGCACCUGCACAGCUCUACGAUAAAAGGAUCAGCGAGUCAUAAGACCAUCGACCUCUCUGGGAACCCCGUCCUCCGGAUCUACUACACCUCCAAGCCGGUGCUGUUUGUGAUGUGCGCCGGGAACGAGCUCUUCUUCUGUCUGCUCUACGUCCUCCAUCACAUCCCUGAACCUGCCGCCUGGCUGUACUGGCUGCAGGGACUCUGCGGGACCAUCUGCCUGCUGAAGUCCGGCAUCAGCCUCCUGCACCUCGUCACCGCCUCCCAGAACAUGGCCGCGGUGGACGCCGCCGAGCGAGAGAAGAGCAUGAAGAAGCAGUGAGAAGGUCAGGAGAGCUGAGACUACCACAGUUUAUUUAUUACUGUUGUUUUGUAAAGGAGACUUUCUGUGAUCUGAGGUGAAAGAGACGUGAAACAGUUCAGACGAUCAUCUGAGAGAUUUUUGUUUUUAUGACCAAAUAUCAAGAAAUUCCAAACACAAGCUGAAACUCAGUGAUUAUUUACUUUAUUCAGACAAAACAAUUCAUAUUCUAUAGAAUUAGUUUUCCUGCAGCUCUGAUUUCUUUUACAACGCACAGGUUAUUAUAUCAGAUAUAACUGAGUCUGUUAUUCCUGACUCCAGUCUGUGCCUCUGCUGUUAUUUCUGUUAUAUUUCUUUCUAUUCGUGUAUUUUGGAGCUGUAAUAACUAAUCACUCAGUUAAUGGACAGAGGAUGAGCUGGAAACUACUCAUAUGACAGUUGAUUCAUAAUUUCAGUCAUUUUUUAAGCAAAUAUUUUUUGUUUUCAGCUUCUCAAAUGUGAGAAUUUGCUGCUUUUCUCUGUUUUAUAUCACAGCAACUGAGUUAUCUUUAGCUUUUGACAGUUAUUUGGACAAAACAAGACAUUAGACAACGACAGAACAUUAGAACGAUUAAUCGAUUAGUUGAAGAACUGAUUUAAGCGAUAAUGAUGAUUAAUUCAGCCCCAGUCGAGGGUUAGAGCUGAAGCAUCUCAGAUGUGAGAAUUUCUUGCUUUUCUAUCACAGUAACUUUAAUAUCUUUAGGUUUUGAACGUGUAAGGAAGAAAAUGAAUCACAUCUAAAUACGUCAAUCAUUCUGGACAUUAUUGACUUCUUCAUUUUAAAGACCAAAAUGUUAAUUCAUUCAUCUGGAAAGUAACUAAUAAUGACAGUAAUCUCUGGCUGCAGCCGUGUUUUACAGUAUUUUAUUCCAGCUUUGUACAAAAUAUUUUCAUUUUAAUUUGAAGUGAAAAAGUGUUGAAUGACCUUUUUAGUUUAUCUUAUAUCUCAGAUUUAAACAUAAAGAGAAGCACAAACUGGAAGCUGUUCAACACCUUCAUGAUUUUCAUUUCUCUCUCGAUGUCUUAAAAUGCCUUAACAGAUAACAGAUGGUCUUUGUAGCAUUUUAACCAUGAAGCUGUCGAACAGUCGUGUGCUUGUAAAGUAUAUUUAGAGACGGAGACCUGAUUCUCACUUCACAUCAUUCAGAUUUAAUUUAAAGGCCUGUCAGUCUGUGUGAAGCUGCUUCGGUUUAGAUUAAUAAUCAUCUUUAACCUGGUGUCAGAACAUGAGAGGUAGAAAAAAAAGACAAUCUGAUUAAUGUGAAUGAAUAUCUGAUUUAUUUAUCAGCAGCAGAUAAUUCAAUCUUUUCUGGCUUCAUUAAAGGUGAAUAAAUCUUUUAUUAAUGCUUCACAGUUCUGUUAUAAACCAUUAAUACAAAACAUCUGGAUCAGCAGUUUGUUAAAAAUCACAUCUGCAGUUAGAAAAGUUAUUAACGCUGAAUUUAAUCCGUUUGUUGACCUGCAGAUGACUAAUAGAUUAAAAACAGAUCUGUUAAUCAUUUCUAAAAGAAGUAAAUUCCACCUUUAUUCCUCAUUGCUUUAGUUUUAUUCAUUAAUUUUUUUUGAUUGAAGAUAAAGUUGUGUCCCUGAAAUCUGCGACACCGACCAAACACCUGAAUCGUUCACCUUUAUGCCGAUGACGUCCUUUUGUUCCCGUUAAAAAAAAAAAAGGUCUCAGACUUUCCUUUGUUUCUUUACAGCACUUCACAGAGAGGGAGCGAGUUUAAGCUUAAAUAUUCCUUUUGUGACCUCCGAGCCACGUCUUCUUCUUAUUAUUUAUUCCUACGAAUAUUUCUGUGUUGAUUAAACGGUGCGUUAGAAGGACGUCGAUCAGUUAGCGCUUUUUUGGAAAUCUCUAACAUUCUUUAUCUGUGGUAGAAAAGGUGUUUUUCUUUUUUUUCUUAGUCGGCUUUAGGCACAAAUAGAAAGUUAUGCAGGUCAUAAGUUAUACCUCAUCCUGACGAGCACCAAGUAUUACAGUUUGUGGUUUGUUUUGUUUUUUAAAGUCCCUGUACAAACGUGUGUGCAGCUGAUGGGCUGUAAAGCCACGUUUCACUGCAGAAUGUGUGUUUAAAGUGUUGAAAUAUAAAUAAUCACCUCCUCGUUUUUGAUGAGAAUGUAUUAUUAUAAAGUACAAACGUACAUGAACAGCAAAGCCAAGGCUGAUGUUAUAUUUAACAGAUAUUAAUUGUGGUAAAUUGAAAUAUUUGAUGGUUAUUUUUGUUCAGAGCAGCUGUAAAAUAAAGACGAUGAAAAGCU